AACAGAUACAUUUCUCUUCUCUAACUUUCUCUUUCUUUUUCCUUUGCAUCGUUCAUAAAGUAAGCCAACAGAUAAAGCCACUCCACAAACGAACUAAAACAUUCUUUCUUGCACUAAGGAGCAGCUGCAGACAAACAAGGAGGAGGUUGGACCUGUGAGAGCCAUGGAAGGGAUAGGUCUCAAUUCAGUGUUAGAGAAAAAGGCCAGACCACAAGAACAAUUGAACUGUCCAAGGUGCAAUUCAACCAACACCAAGUUCUGUUAUUACAACAACUAUAGCCUCACACAACCUAGAUAUUUCUGCAAGACUUGCAGAAGGUAUUGGACUGAAGGUGGGUCUCUCAGAAACGUUCCCGUUGGAGGUGGUUCCAGGAAGAACAAGAAGGUCAUCAUGACUUCAUCAUCAUCAUCAUCAUCAUUGUCAACAGCUUCACCAAAGGUUCCAGACUUAAAUCCACCAAGCCUCUCAGUCUCAACUAUUUGUUCCCAAAACCCUAAAAUGCAAAGAGGCCACGAUCUUAAUUUGGCUUUCCCAGAUAUGGAGAAGUAUCAUGGCAUGUCUCAAUAUGUUGAGAUGCCCAAACUUGACCAUAGCUCUUCUUCUGUUCCUACUUCUCUCUCAGCAGUUGAGAUACUUCAGUCUAACAUGGCUUCUAGUUCUAGGGGUUUGAAUCCUUAUUUUCCUAAUUCCUUGAUGUCAAGUUCAAAUAAUGCUAUUUACCCAUCUGGGUUUCCCAUGCAAGAAAUUAAACCAAACCUUGGUUUUUCAAUUGAUGGGCUUGGAAAUGGAUCAUAUGGGGUACAAGAGAAUGGUGGGAGGGUUUUGUUCCCUUUUGGAGACAUGAAGCAGCUUUCUGCAGGUGUUGAAGUGGAACACAAUAAAGAACAAGGAAAUUCAACUGGAUAUUGGACUGGAAUGAUUAAUGGAGGGUCAUCAUGGUAAGGAAAUAAAGUAAAGUACGUAAUUGGAGAACAAGGAAAUUGAGAACCUGCAUUAUUAAUUUUCUUUAUCUACCCUAUUUUUAUCCUUUUAAAUGGGUCAUUAUAAUUUGUUUGAAGUUUUUAAGAACUAACAAUAG